AUGAAUUCAUCCAUUGUGUCCCAGACGCUGACUUCAGCUCACACAAGAUACGUCAAGGGUCUGUAUCGUCGCAGUCUUCGUUUAGCUGAAAGCUGGUAUUGGCAGCGUCCAGAACAACGAGAAACUUGUGUCAAGUUACGUGCUCUUUUUGACAAUGACAAGAUCUUGACAAAUCCAAAAGAAAUCGAACUUACUCUGCUCAAUGCUGAACGACUUCUUGCAUUGAAUGCUCAUCCUACUCCUUAUAUUGCUCCUUCUGGAUUCAACGGAACUUCGUGGGAAAGAAAUCUUCCAAUUCCUGAAGAGCUUAUUCGUCGUGGUGUUACACCCGUUGACAACUCUUAA